AUGCCGCGCCCCAAGAAACCCGAUCAGGACGGAAAAGAGGUCAAGAAGCGCUCUAGGAAUGGUUGCUGGCCCUGCAAGUCGAGGAAGGUGAAAUGUGGAGAAGAGAAGCCGACCUGCGCCAACUGCCAGCGACAAGGCGAAACCUGCGAUUACAGUAUUCGAUUGAACUGGGAUGGGCGAAAUAAAAAAAAAGAAGAAGGAAACGCAAAACCUGGCGCGCAGAUUCUGUCGUUUGGCACUCCUCAACCCUCGAAUGGAUACGCCAACGGCAGCCUUGAUCAGAGCCCCAUGGUCAACGACCAGAUCUUAGCCCCUCCGGUCACUAUCCAGGCUCCUGAGUAUCCAAUCGAUCAGCCUAUCGCAGAAUCGGGGUUGCCUCCCUUUAACCAUUUCGCAAACAAUCUCUCUGUUCCGGCGACGACCGAUUUCAAUCCUGCGAUCCUUCCUCCGCCGCCAAUGCUGAGAACUCCCCAGUGGGGGGACAGCCCCAAUGUGAAUUCUCACUCUGUUCCCGACCCUGCUCUCAUCCCGCCCUCCGUACGACAUCCGCUAUCUCUGCAACCCUAUCCCUCUCCCUCAGAGUCUGGGUUUGGCAGUCCGAACCUCGGCAACGGAAUGAACAAUUUCAAUGGUUAUUCCAUGCAGAUGCCUCCGCCUAUGCACACAUCCAACCCAAUGACUUAUCAAGAAUCCAUCAACUCGCCCUAUAAUCCUGCCAAGAGGAUGAAAUUGAGUCCGAGGACAGACAGUUUCGGGAGGACCGCCUCCAACUACCAGCGGGCAGGAUCCUAUGGUCCAAAUGACACUGACGAGGUCGCCCCGAGAGUCCAGUUCAAUCCACACACGCCUACUUUCUUCCCUUCCUAUCUCAGUAAUCCCCUAACACCAGCAACUUCGUCAACAUCUCAGACACAAGACAAUGAGGACCGACGCAUCUCUGUUAGCUCCCUGCUGUCUGAAGAUCCGGAGCCAGAAGAUCGGAGAGACUCUAAGCAAGACGAUCAGAAUGGGGCUGGCGAUGAGCAGAUCCCACGACGGGGCUCUCUACACCAGCGGAUGAUAUCAUACUCGGAAACGGAGACAUACGGUCAAGAUCGGGGGAAUGUCGAUCUUGACAUACCCCGCAACAACGAUACUAUGGCCAUUUCAGGCAUGUCGCCGUCAGAACAUAGCGAUUUCGAGUCUUGGUUGAAUGAUACAGAUCUGGGCGUGCCUGAGUUUGGCUUCGGUCUGGUCAGCCGCGAGACCGUGUUUGCAAGUGGAGGGUACUAUGCCUCACCUGUGCCCAUCAAGAUUCCUCGAAAACUGGGACAAUUGCCUCGCACUCUGUCGGAGAAUCCAAUGAACUUGCUAUACUUCCAUCAUUUCCUCAACCAUACGGCUAGAAUCCUCGUCCCCCACGAUUGUCCGGAAAACCCAUUUAAAACGAUACUGCCAAAAAUGGCCGUUGAAAACCCCAAUCUGCUGAAUCUGAUGCUAGCUUAUUCAGCGUGCCACCGAGCCAGGCUUUUGAACCACCCCGAACCUGCAAACCGCAUAGCGCACUGGGUCCGGGAUGUCUUCCCUUCACUGCGGCAGACUCUGGAUAAUGUGUCAAAUACCGAGGUAUCGAACGCGAAUUUGGCGACAGCUAUCAUGCUAGCCUCGUUAGAAAUCAUCUCACCGUCCAGUUUUGGAGUGUCGAUACCAUGGCAGAAUCAUCUCAGCAUCGCUCGAAGUAUCAUCCGUGCCCGAGCAGGCCCUCAUUCUAUUUCGCGAAAAGACCCUGUGAUGUACUUUUUGACGAGAUGGCUGGCAUAUCUCGACGUGAUGGGUUCACUAUCCGGGAGGCGCAAUGAGGAGCCCCUGUUUGCAGGCAAUUAUUGGUCCAGCUCGCAUGAGGAUAGCACGUCGGCCAAAGAGUUGUCCUUGACCGAUGACGAUGGCGAUGAUGAAGAUGACUAUACUAUCGACUGUCUUCUCGGGUUCACCACUCGAUGUGUGCAAAUCCUGGCUCAGGUGGCUCUGUUGGCGAGGGAAUGUGAACAGGCAGGCAGAAUUGAUCCUGACACAGGGCAGAUCAAUGAAGAAUGGAAACCUUCUAUGGGCAUGCUCAAGAGGGCCGAGAAGCUACGCCAAGACCUUGAACGAGCUCGCAACCACGAACAGAUCCAAUGCGCCCAUCACAGCCCGCAGGUCACCAAAGCAUCUCUAUGCGGAACCCACGGCACGCGUCGCAAUUCGGCCUAUGCAGAAAUGUCGGAAAAGGAUGUGGAAGAAUCUCUGGCGACAAACUCGGCCUUCCACUGGGCUGGGUUGGUCCACCUCUUACGACGAAUUCACAAUUUACCUCGUGGGGACCCGGAGGUGCAGACGGCAGUGCAUGAAAUCGUCAAGAUCCUACAGCAGAUCCGAGCCGGCGGAAGCGCCGAAGCAUGCCUGCUGUUCCCCAUGUUCACCGCCGGAGUCGAGGCGGAAGAUGCCUUGGAUCGAGCAGAAGUAUUGAGCCGAAUCAAAGGAGCCGAAGGUCUUGGCAUGUGUCAGGUCAGUCGGGCUCGCCGGAUUAUGGAGGAGGUUUGGAGAACAGGGGUCAGCUGGGAAUGCUCGGUCACAGGCGAGUUCUUUGGAUGA